AUGAGUGAAGAACAGGACCCGCUAUUGGCUGCCCUAGGAGGAGAAGACAACAGCAACGAUAACAAUGCAACCGCCGCAGUGCCAGAGGAAGAACCUCCAAGAAUAGAUCCAGAACAAGAGGCACGUAACAAAGCUUUGGGACAAUUCAAGAAGAAGCUAUUGGAACACAGACGUUACGACGAUCAAUUGAAACAACGUCGCCAAAAUAUACGAAAUUUGGAGAAAUUAUAUGACAAGACUGAAAAUGAUAUUAAGGCACUACAAAGUAUUGGACAAUUGAUCGGUGAAGUCAUGAAGGAAUUAUCCGAGGAGAAAUAUAUUGUUAAGGCAUCGUCAGGGCCUCGUUAUAUUGUCGGUGUAAGAAAUUCCGUGGAUCGCUCCAAAUUAAAGAAAGGUGUUAGAGUCACUUUAGACAUUACUACGUUGACUAUUAUGAGAAUAUUACCACGUGAAACUGAUCCUUUAGUUUAUAAUAUGACCAGUUUUGAACAAGGUGAGAUUUCAUUCGAUGGAAUUGGUGGGUUGACUGAACAAAUUAGAGAAUUAAGAGAAGUCAUUGAGUUACCCUUGAAAAAUCCUGAAAUUUUCCAAAGAGUCGGUAUUAAACCACCAAAGGGUGUAUUACUUUAUGGUCCUCCAGGUACAGGGAAAACAUUAUUGGCUAAAGCUGUGGCUGCAACCAUCGGUGCCAAUUUCAUCUUUUCUCCUGCAUCAGGGAUCGUGGAUAAAUAUAUUGGUGAAUCCGCUCGUAUCAUCAGAGAAAUGUUUGCAUAUGCUAAAGAACACGAACCUUGUAUUAUCUUUAUGGAUGAAAUAGAUGCCAUUGGUGGUCGUAGAUUUAGUGAAGGUACAUCAGCAGAUCGUGAAAUCCAAAGAACUUUGAUGGAAUUAUUGAGUCAAAUGGAUGGGUUUGAUAAUUUAGGUCAAACUAAGAUUAUUAUGGCAACUAAUAGACCUGACACAUUAGAUCCUGCAUUAUUAAGACCUGGUAGAUUGGAUAGAAAAGUGGAAAUUCCAUUACCUAAUGAAGCGGGGAGAUUAGAAAUUUUUAAAAUUCAUACUGCAAAGGUCAAGAAGCAAGGUGACUUUGAUUUUGAAGCUGCUGUAAAGAUGAGUGAUGGGUUUAAUGGUGCUGAUAUUCGUAAUUGUGCCACUGAAGCUGGGUUCUUUGCCAUUAGAGAUGACCGUGACCAUAUUAUACCUGAAGAUUUAAUGAAAGCUGUAAGGAAAGUGGCAGAAGUGAAAAAGUUGGAAGGUUCUUUAGAAUAUCAAAAAUUAUAA